CUGUUAGGCGGCACUGGCUGGCACUGUUAGGUGGCACUGGCUGGCACUGUUAGGCGGCACUGGCUGGCACUGAUAGGUGGCACUGAUUGGCAGCACUGAUAGGUGGCACUGAUUGGCAUUGAUAGGUGGCACUGAUGGGUGACACUGAAAGGCAGCUCAGAUGGGCACUGGUAUGCACUGAUAUGUGGCAUUGAUGCGGCACUGAUGGCCACUGGCACGUGGCACUGGGCACUGGCACUGAUGAGUACUGACAGGUGGCACUUCUGGGGCCACACUGAUCAUCAGGGCACACUGAUCAUCACUCUAGAGGAGAUGAAUGCUGAUAACCGCCAUUUCCGUGUUUACAUGUGAUCAGCUGUGAUUGG